GGAUCGUCACUUUGUGCGGCGCUUCGAACUCCACUGCAUACACAGGUAUUGCCGUUCAUCCGCCACAAGGUGCACGCAGAACUGGCCGGCGCACCGCUCGCGUCGUCGCGCGGUUCCACCCCUCUUCUGUCUCUGCGCGGUUCCUCGUCCCCUUCCUCAACCUCAUCCAAGCCUCGUGUUCGCCGGUCGUGACAGUGUCCGCGCGUCCUCAAGAAUCAUUUGCUCCAGGCUGUGCUCCAGCGAAGUUUCCGACGGGUUUGUGCGAUCGUAGAAGGUGACUUGGCCUUAGAUGCCAAAAUCACGUUGAAAGUGUCCAUCGUCUCGCAACGCCUCAAUGACCUUUUCGACAAAGUUGUCUACCGUGUCUCGCCCAAUAUUCCGAAGAGACGCUCUAAAUAGACCGGCCUGUUCUGGAUAUCCGUAACGUCAUCGAUCUGGGUAUCAGAAGGGGACAGUGAGCGAGAGGGAAAGGUAGCGGUGCGGUCGAACUUCCCCAGAUUUCCUAAUAGUUGGGGGAAGUCAAGCCACGGGACGAUGUGCUUGGCGUAGAUGAUCCCUGAUCUGCCUCAACUUGGAUACAGUAGCUUGGGACAGAGAAUUGUGGCAGCGAUCAAGAAGGCAAAAUAAUGUGUUGGGUUGCACUCCGUUCUACCGCUUCUUGUGCUAGUUCUCUUCCUCCUUGCGGCGCUCUGCCGCUUUUCGCAGCCUUUGUUGUUCUUCGAUUUGACAUCACAAUUCGGUUAUCGUUUCCUCCAUCUCUGUUUGAAACGAGCACUCAGUAGAUAAUCGAGUAUAAUUU